AUGUGUGACCAGCAGAAGCAGCCACAGUUCCUUCCAUCUUGUGUGAAAGGUUCAGGAGUAGGGACUGGACUGGGGGCUGGACUGGGGGCUGGAUUGGGGGCUGGGCAAGGUACCAGUGGUGCCUCUGUGAAAUACCAGACCCAAAGUGUUUAUGCUCCAGGGCCUGCUCCCUGCCAGACUCAAACCUUUGUGAAAUGCCCAGCUCCAGUCCCAGCUCAAACAUAUGUCAAAUACCAAGUUCCAUACCAGACCAAAACCUAUGUGAAGUGCCCAGCUCCCUGCCAAACCACCUAUGUGAAGUGCCCAGCUCCAUGUCAGACGACCUAUGUGAAGUGCCCAGCUCCAUGUCAGACAUAUGUUAAGUGCCCACCGCCAUGUCAGACAUACGUGAAGUGCCCAGCUCCCUGCCAGACGACCUAUGUCAAGUGUCCAGCUCCCUGCCAGACGCAGACAUAUUAUGUCCAGUACCAAUCUCCUUCCCAGACCUACUACACUCAAGGUUCUUCAAGUGGCUCUGGUUCCCAGGGCUGUGCCCCUGACCCGUGCUCUGCUCCCUGUUCUACCAGCUACUGCUGUCUGGCUCCCCGGACCUUCGGGGUGAGUCCCCUGAGACGCUGGGUCCAGCGACCCCAAGGAUGCAACUCAGGAUCUUCUGGCUGCUGUGAGGAUUCUGGGUGCUGCAGCUCUGGGUGCUCUGGCUCUGGGUGUUGCAGUUCUGGAUGCUGCUGUUUGGGAAUUAUUCCCAUGAGGUCCCGAGGUCCUGCAUGCUGUGAUCAUGAAGAUGAUUGUUGCUGUUAA